UGUGGUAUCUAUAAGAUCCAUGUAAUACUUAUGUUAAUUUCUUUUUUGAUUUACCAGGUCAUUAUAGCAAGUUUCAAGCAGAUAGCAAAUAUCCAAAAGAUUAGCAAAUAGGUACUCGACCUAGUUUGUUGCAGAAUAUAUCUUAUGCAUCAGCAAAGAAGUUAGGAUUCAGCAUGCUGAUUUCUGGAAGCCCCAGAUCUGGCCAGAGGUAUCUUGCUUCUUGCCUUCUCCACUGCUUUGUUGGAAACGUGGAAAUCCAAAAGGUUGAUUUGGCUACAAUUUCACAAGAGGGACACGGAGAUGUAACUCAAGGAGUAACUCGAAUAUUAAGAGGUAAUGAUGCUUCUCACUCAGCUGAAGCUACAGCCCGUAGAGGAUCAAGUAGUUUUGCUCGCCCUGACGUUGAUAUGCAUUCUAGAUCAGGAAUGGCAACUCUCUCUACUAUUGGUGCUGUUGCAUCUGCAAUGGGACUUGCAGUUGAGAAGUCUAGCAAGGUGCCUGACAUCACUACUGCUUUGAUGGAUGCGAAGCUUGGCACGGAAGGGCGCAAGGAUCUUUUUGAUUGGCUAUCAAGGCAACUUAGUGGAUUAAGCUAUUUUCCUGAUGUUGUAAAUCUGAAUUAUGUAUUGUUUCAAUUUGUUAUGCUAGAUGGAUGUGACUUGUGAAUGAAAACUUAGAAUAGUUGUAUUGUGUCGAAU